AAUGGCGACAGCUGCUCCGGAAUGUGAGGUAGAAGAUAAUGAAAGAAGUCUAAGAAGUGUGAUAACUGAAAACUUUGUGAAUUGUCCUAUAUGUCUUGUGGAGUACACGGACCCAACAGAUUUGCCAUGUCAGCAUACAUUUUGUAAAGGGUGUCUGUCGACUUUAAUUUCUGAUUUAAAACCAGGAAGUAAGUUCUCAUGCCCGGUUUGUCAGCGAGAAAUAGAAGUGCCUGAGAAUGGACUGGAGGGCUUUAAACAUAAUUUCUUUGUUGAAAGCUUGCAGGACACUGUGCUUAAACCAACCAAAAAGGCAAAGUGCAGCUUUUGUGCCUUGGCGUCUGAAACCGAAACUGUUGCCACAUCUAAAUGUAUCACCUGCCAUGACUACUUGUGUGAAAAGUGCUCUAAGUUACACUGCAGUACCAGGUUCACCAAAGACCAUAAGGUCCUCACUUUUCAACAAAUACAAAGUGAGAAGUACCAAAAGAUAAUACAAGAACAGCAGGUUAUUUUCUGUCCUGAACACAAGGACGAACCACUUCGGUACUACUGUGUGAAAUGCGAGAAACCCGUCUGUCGUGAUUGUAAGAUCUUAAGUCACGAUGAUCACAAGGUGAUAACUUUGUCAACAGCUUCUGAAAAUGCCAGCUGUCAACUACAGUCAAGAUUAGAAGAACUGGAGACAGAAGACGUUAUAAUACAAGAGGCAAUGGGGAUAGUGGAUGAAAUAAGUUUAUCCUUCCAGGAAAACAAAAAAUCCAUUAAGGUUGAAAUUUCACAAAGAGCAGAUAACCUUUGUCAGUUAGUGCGCCAAAAAGAAAAAGCCCAUCUUGAAGAAGUAGAUGGAAUCUUUUUAGCUGAGAUGAAAAACUUAAAUAUGUUCCACGAUCAUUUCAGCGGCUUAUCUUCCAGGAUUAAGAGUGAUGUAAAUGCUGUGAGAAAUACUCUGAAACGAGGUGUCCCGUUAGAGGUCCUCAUGUUAGAGCACCAGUUAAGAAAUAGAAUAGACGAGCUACAGCACACAACAGUCGUAACCGAAAUACCCAAAGAAUAUGAACUCACAUUUAAAACCAACCAAGAUGUUGACCAAGAUAUAUCGGGUGGAGCUGCCCUUGGAAAAAUCUAUGAAGAAUUGAGAGAGAAUCGCCUAUCUCAGGAGUGCACCCCCGAGCCCACUGGUGAAGAUGAUGAACAGCCUUCAAACUCCCCAUCAAUGGUCCCUGUUCCACAAGUCAAACCAACAUUUAAGUCCAAGGUUGAGUGCGUUCUGGAGUUUGACACUGGCUGUUACAGACCAGGGGACAUUUCAAUUAGUCCAACUGGAGAGUAUGUCACCGUUUAUGACACAGAAGCCAAACUGAAUGUGUUUAGUUCAGAUGGCACAUUUAAGACAUCCAUUACCAGUGUUUCAGGUACCAAACUACAGUUCCCUGUAGGAAUAUGUCACUUCCCUGAUGGCAGAAUGAUUGUGUCUGAUAAUGGCAAUAACAAGCUUUUUAUGUUGUCAUCACAAUGGGAAGUGCUCCAAACGACUUGUGUCCAGGAACCAUGGGGUGUGGCUCUCAACGACAAUUAUUCGGAGGUUGCUGUUGCACGUCUGGGGACGGCAAGGGCGAUACGUUUGUACGACAUUGACAGAGAAAGAAUAGCAUUGACUGCUGAUCAUGAAAUAAAUUCUUACAAUGGGACACCAAUAUUCGAUGAACCAUAUAAGGUGGCAUAUAUGAAAAACGGUUGUAUUAUUGCCUGUGAUGAUAAAGCAAAGAAAGUCCAUAUCCUGUCCCCAGCUGGUGAACCACUGUAUCAGUACACAGGACCUGAUAAUAAUCUAGGUUCACCCCAUGGGGUCUGUGUUGAUGCAUAUGACAACAUACUGGUCACAGAUAUUGAUAACCACUGCAUACACCUUGUAUCCCGAGAUGGGAAGUUCAUCCGGUACAUAGUAACCAAAGCUGAUGGACUGUGCGACCCAUGGGCAUGCACCAUCAACCAGGGUGGAGAUCUUGUAGUAACCGAACACGACGGAAAAUUAAAAGUCUAUCGUUAUUUGAAAAAUUAGAUUUAAAUUGACUUAAUAAAUAAUAAUAAUAAUGAUA